CUGAAUCCACCCAAAGUCGAAGUUCCUUUAUCUGCAUGGCUGUGGUCAUUUGUUGGAUGUUCGCUCGUGGUGCUUAGUGGAAUUUUACCGGCUUUGAUUUUGCCUGCAAACAUUUUAAAAGAGUUAAAUCUCCCUUCUCCAGAGGGACGAUGUAAUCUGAAUCUGUUGCUAUCGUUUGCUGUUGGCAGCCUUCUCGGUGAUGUAUUUUUGCAUCUUUUGCCGGAAACUUGGAGCGAUUUGGAAGUUGACGUUGAUCGUAUCGGAUUUUGCUCAUUGGGUGGCCUCCUGAUCUGUUCGUUCAUUGAAAAACUCUGCAGUACGACUGAACAAAGCCAGCACAAGAUUUGUGCAAUUAUGAACCUCUGCGCUAACUUGGUGGAUAACUUCACGCAUGGUUUGGCAGUUGGAGCAAGUUUUUUGAUAUCACCACAGUUCGGGAUGAUGACAACGUUCGCGAUCUUAGUUCAUGAAAUACCGCAUGAAAUCAGCGAUUUUGCCAUCCUUCUCAGGGCAGACUUUGAUAAACUUGACGCUGUUAAAGCACAGUUUUUUACCGCAUCCGGAGGUGUAAUCGGAGCUUCUGUAGCAUUGUAUUUACGUUCGGGAAGUGUACAAUCGCCUGAAUGGAUUCUUCCAUUCACGGCUGGAGGUUUCAUCAACAUCGCAUUGGCACAGAUUUUACCUGAACUGAAUAGGGAAAAAGACCGACGGCAGAACAUCAAGCAGUUGGUGAUGAUUCUUCUAGGAGUUGGUGUUAUGAUAUCCGUGUUUUCCCUUUCUUUUCCUGCCUAA